UAAUCCAAAUUAAAUUAGUCUAAUUAUAACCUAUGGUCAAAAAGAAACGUAAAAUAAUGUAAUCCAAACUUAAUUAUAAUAACCUAUGGUGACUCCCCAAACAUGGAAAGCGAAAUAAAUGAAGGGAUUGGAGCUGCAACACAACACAUGAUAUUGAAAGCGCCCUUACAAAGAUCAAAAGCAGAGCCAAGGAAGGCAACCAGCUUCAUUAUCAGCGUCGCACCUGUGAUUGAUUGUUGAAAAAACCUUUGUUUCGCUCUCUUCCUUUCGUUUUUUUUUUUUUUUUGCCUUCCAACCCAAGGAAAUAACUCCGUCCACAAAACAUACUGUUGCCCACUUUCCAUUUCAAUCCCAUACUCGCUCUGAAUUCGCCAUGAUCGUUGUCUCUGCAUUGAGAGGAAACUGGAGUUCUUGAGCCUUUAAAUCCCCAGACGACAUGAAUUCAUCAAGCUUCCAUGAUAAUGCUCCUGGGUCAUCGAAUUCUUAUGAUGGGUAUUCCAAUAUCAGUUUUGUUACGCAAUCGCUUUCUCGAUCGAAGUCUGGUAUUACGAGGGCGAGAAUGACGAAGGUGAGGAGGCAAACGAGUUCCCUGGAUUUGAGGUCUGCGGCGGUCCCGGAAACGCUUCGGCCGUUCACCGGGAAUUCAUUUCCGGCGGCAUUUUCGGGUCAGGAUUCUAUCUUUGGUAAAUCUGAGUCGGGUGUCAUUGGGAAUCAGCCAUUUGUAUUUGGAGAAAAUAGGAGCAGAACCAGCUCGAAUUUGGAGAGGGCAGAGAGGGAAGUUUUGGAUGGAAUGAAGAAAUUGAAUGUCGAAAGUGGAGGUGAUGAAGCCAUUGAAUCAACGCUUCCGGAUUACUUGAGGAAGCUGAACAUUGAAGAAGGGCAAGGUAAUUCUGCACGAAUUCAUAAAACUAGAAAUGAAGGGGCUAAAUCUGGUUUGUGGGACAGUAAAGUUGGUAAUUCUAUAGUUUCAGAACUCCCCAACAAGAUGCAGCAUUUGAACAUUGAAGGUAUUGUAGAGCUUAAGACACCAGAUGUAAAAACAAAAACAUUUUCUGCUGGAAUCAGUGAAAAUUUUCAAUUCAGUGCUCAGAGCGAUCCAAUUAGAGAAUUCAGGCCAAAGAGUAGGAGUGAAAGAUAUAAUUCUACCAUGUUUCGGUUGCGCGUUGAUCAGGAGACUCAGGAGAGACACAAGGCAUCUGAAUUCUAUUCACCAAUGGAUGUUUCGCCAUAUCAAGAAACACUGGCUCGUGGUCGGGUUUCUCGUGAAAAUUCUCUGACAUCCAAUGAAUCGCUUAAUCUCGACAACAACUCCGUUGUAUUUGAUGAAUCGAUACCUGAGGUCUUAAAUGAUGUUAUAGAUGAAGAUCUGGUUAAUGCUACAGAAAGCUUAAAUAUGAGUGAACCUGGUUGUUCUGCAACUGAAGUGGAAGAAUGUGAAGGCACUCUUUACCAUUCUAAUAUAAACCAUGGCGCUGAAGGUCCUCUAGAAGAAUCUGUUUCAGGGGUGGAUACUGAAAGCUACAAAUCUGCAAAUGAAGAGUUGGAUAUGAGUGGUGGUCUAGCUGCUAUUUCAGGAGAAACAGAAGCCAAUUCGAGCGUGAAAUUCGAGAGGCAGGAUAGCGAUGGCAAGAAUCAAUUUAGUUUUGCUUCAAAUUCAGAGGAUGGAUCGAGAUCAAACUUUACAUUUGCUGCCUCUUCUGCUGUUCGAGGUCAAUUAUCUGCAUCCAAACGCCAAUACAAUAAGAAAAGUUGGGGAAAAGUUGGUCAAGAUUCUUAUAUUUCCCCAACAAUUGCUGUUGAAGUUUCAUUGCCAUCCUCUUCUGGGCAAUUUGUUACAUUUUCUGGGAAUCCUUCACCAAUAUCAUCUCAAAUGAGUCAGAAGGGAGUUGAUUCUUGGAUGAACAAAGGCCAGGAGAUGAAGCAAGAGUCGGUUUCUACGAUAGCAGCAACUGUUGCUGCCCAGGAGGCUUGUGAAAAGUGGAGACUGAGAGGCAACCAGGCAUAUGCAAGUGGUGAUUUAUCCAAGGCUGAGGACCAUUACACUCGAGGAGUGAAUUGUAUAUCAAAAGAUGAGUCAUCUAGAAGCUGUCUCAGGGCUUUGAUGCUUUGUUACAGCAAUCGUGCAGCAACAAGAAUGUCUCUUGGAAGAUUGCGAGACGCAAUCAGUGACUGUACAAUGGCUGCUGCUAUAGAUCCCAGCUUUUAUAAAGUGUACCUUAGAGCUGCAAACUGUUACCUUGGCCUUGGGGAAAUUGACGAUGCGGUACAGUUCUUCAAGAGAUGCCUGCAACCUGGGAAUGAUAUCUAUGUGGACCGGAAAAUUGUAGUGGAAGCCUCGCAUGGUUUGCAAAAUGCUCAGAAAGCGUCUGAAUGCAUGAAACGUUUAGCUGAACUUCAGCUAAGAAGCACAUCCACUGAUAUGCAGAGUGUUUUGGAAUUAAUUUCAGAGGCUUUGGUAAUAAGCUCAUGCUCCGAAAAAUUAAUUGAAAUGAAAGCAGAGGCUCUUUUCAUGCUUCGGAGAUAUGAGGAGGUGAUUCAGUUUUGUGAGCAUACCGUAGAUUCCGCUGAAAAGAAUUCUCCUUCAGAAGAUAUUGUCAGUCAGACCUCAAAUCUGGAUUCUUCUGAAAUCUCAAAGAAGUUGUACUUUAGGAUUUGGCGAUGCCGCUUGACUCUCAAGUGCUACUUCCUUCUGGGAAAACUUGAGGAGGGUCUGGCUUCUUUAACGCAAGAGGAGGAAGUGCCUACAGUGAUUGGGAAUGGAAGAAAGUUUUUAGAAUCAUCAAUACCAUUGGCCGUUACCAUGAGGGAGCUCGUACGUCACAAGGAUGCUGGGAAUGAAGCAUUUCAGGCAGGAAGGAAUUCAGAAGCCAUUGAACACUACACAGCUGCUUUGGCGUGCAAUGUCGAGUCACGUCCUUUCUCAGCUUUUUGUUUCUACAGUCGGGCUGCUGCAUACAAAGCUCAGGGCCAAGUUAUUGAUGCUAUUGCGGAUUGUAGUCUUGCCAUAGCCCUCGAUGAAGAAUUUUUCAAGGCAAUUUCUAGACGGGCCACUUUGUAUGAAAUGAUUAGAGACUAUGGUCAAGCAGCUAAUGAUCUCCAGAAGUUUAUAUUGCUUUUUUCUAAGGAAUUAGAGAAGACCUAUCAGUUUGGAAAUUCCGAUAGAUCGAGUACCAGUGCAAAUGAUUUGAGACAAGCUCGUCUCCACCUUGCAGAAGUUGAAGAAGAGUCGAGAAAGGAAAUUCCAUUGGACAUGUACCUUAUUCUGGGAGUUGAUCCAUCUGCAUCUUCAGCUGAAAUUAAGAAGGCAUACAGGAAAGCUGCUCUCAGAUACCAUCCAGACAAGGCUGGUCAGUCCUUGGCUAGAGCAGACAACGGAGAUAACGUACUAUGGAAGGAUAUAGCUGGAGGAGUCCCCAUGGAUGCUGAUAAACUUUUUAAAAUGAUUGGAGAGGCAUAUAAUGUACUCUCAGAUCCUAUUAAGCGCUCCCGAUAUGAUGCGGAAGAAGAGAUGAGAACUGCCCAAAAGAAACGCAAUGCAAGCAGCACCCCUAGAUCACAUACAGAUGUUCAUCAAGGUCAUCAGUUCGAAAGAAGUAGUGUUAGGCCUCAGUGGCAAGAUCUAUGGAGAUCUUAUGGUUCUCGCGGAUCAGAAUUUACUCGAUCAACCAGGUAUCCAUAAGAACUAUGCGAACACAUCAGGAUAUAAUUCAGGCUUUCAAAUGGCUAGGGUGCACCAAGUAAUUGAUCAUUCUAUCAAGAAAUCCAGCUGCAGUUUGUCCCCUCAGGGUGGGACCGCCAAAAGUUGACAAUUGGCUCAUGGGAAUUCCUGAUGGCUAAAUCUUGAAAAGGAGGUGGAGGCAUGAUCCUUAACGCAAAACAUUGAUGCCACAAAGGAAGUAAAAUGUAGGUGUUCCACAGAGGAAGUUUGAAGUUGUUCACAGUGCCAUGUACAGACAGAGAAGAGAUGAGUAAACAGGUGUGUCACAACAUCUAAUGGCUGGCUGAGUCUCUGACAGGAUGCUAACAAAAGAAUAAGGAUAACUACUACAGUUUAGAGCUUCAACAAUCUGGUAAUUACCAUUUUCUGCAUAACAUUUUCGUGUGUUCGAUGUACCCUCUUUUUUACGUUUAUGUUGAAUUUGAUCUGUGGCUGACGAAGUACUAUUCCAGAUCUUCAUGCUGAUGACUAUAUGUGGUCUGAUUUUGUUCUCUUCGUUUUUUAAAGAAAUGGUGUAUUCUGAAAAAGAAAUGAAGAAAAAGAGAACAUUAGAUUGACUGUGAACACCUUUGACAUGAGUAGUUCAUGUUGUAUGUUGUGUUUGAUAGAUUUAAGCUUGGUUGGGAACAUACAUUAUCAAGAUCAUUUUUGGCUUUUGAAACUAAAUUUAGACUUUCACUCGUU